AUGUCGUCCCUAAACACGCUGAGUUUGCAAGCCGAGGCCCGCAAAUCGCGCCUCGCUGCCUUGAGAAGCCUCAAGCGGAAGCAGCCCGCUGACGAGGGUGCUCCCUCGGACGACCCGGCAGGGCAACCUCGCCCGGAAGAGCCCGACGUCGCACGGUCCCAUCUCUCCGGGCGAAACUACGAUCCGGAAACGCGGGGUCCCAAGCUGGGAUUCGACCAAGCCCCCAGCGAGAACUUGGAGCAGCCGACUCUGGAGGAACAGGCGGCCGAGGUGGAAGCCAAGAUCAGGCAGCAAGCGGCCGAAGACGCGCAGGAUGACAAGGGACUCGACCUGUUCAAGCUGCAGCCCAAGAAACCCAACUGGGACCUGAAGCGAAACCUCGAGGCAAAAAUGCAGAUGCUCAACGUGCGGACCGAUAAUGCCGUGGCGAGGCUUGUUCGCGAGAGAAUCACCGGCGCGCAAAAGGCAGCUACGGGCUCGACAGCCGCGGACCAAGACCAGGGCGAGGAGGGUGCGGUCGGCAUGGACGGCGUUGCUCUUGUGGAGGGGCUGAGGGUGAGAGAGCGGGAGGAAAAGGAGGAGGAGAGCAGGGAGCGGCAAGAGGAGGACGCCCUGGUGGCAUGA